AGCUGUGUUGUGACUUGGCACUUCCUCUCCUGGCUUCACCCCCGUCUUCCAUCCUUUCUAUGAGGGUUCGGCCGUCCACUAGUCGGGUAUGGGGGAGAGGAAAAUUCCACCAUUUCACUGGAAGUGCCCAAAAGGGGAGCACCGGAGUGUCUUUUUGUCUUGUCGCUCACCAGGUUAUAGACAAGCCCGGUGACGCAAAGGUUUGACUCAGGAGGGGACAGGCUAAUACUUGCAAGGAUCCCCUCGCUGGCAUUCAUGAAGGCGCGGUGAAAGCGAAACAUGACGUUUGCAGUCAUGAUGCGGAUACUUUUAUGUCUUCUCAGCGCACCGGCGUUUACACGUGAGACCGUUACGUCCCGCAGAGAGACAGCAAGCAGUCCAGAAGUUCUUCUGACGAUAUUGGGUAAAGAAUGCAAGUUUCCUUUUCGCCAAGGAGGACAAAUUCAUCAUAGCUGCAUCACGGUCAUUGUCUCCAGACCUUGGUGCUCUCUAACAUCUAAUUUCGACCGGGACCGUCUGUGGGGUUACUGCGCCCUGGAGCAACAACAUACCAAUGGUUCCGUCCACACGUCACGAAGAAUCAUCAAUCCAUGUAAGGAAAAGCCGUGUCGCAACGGAGGCACCUGCAUCCUGCACAAGCUAGCAUUUGAGUGUCUGUGUCCCGAGAAGUUCUCUGGAAGAAUUUGUGAGCACAAAAAGUGCUAUGAAACUGUACACCUGCACUAUUAUGUUGAGGGAGAAUCUUGGGGUCGCAUUUACCUUCGCAACGUAGAGCAGUGCACAUGCAUCCAUGGUCAAAUCGAGUGUCAGCGAGUCCGUUACACCAUGUGUCGCUCCAACCCGUGUCAGAAUGAUGGAACGUGCCGGAUGAUCAUAGCCACCGGCAAGGAAGUGUGUAACUGCCGAAAGAGCUACAGCGGACCGCUCUGUAGCUUUGAGCCUGAUAACGAGUGCUACAGCAGUCGAGGUACAACCUACAGGGGCGUGGUGUCUUCCACGGUGUCCGGCACCCAAUGUUUGCCGUGGAACUCAGACCUGCUCUACAAUGAGCUUCACGUGGGCACCGUGCUGGCAGCUGCCCUCAGGGGCCUCGGGGAGCACGCCUACUGCAGAAAUCCUGAUGGAGACAAGAUGCCGUGGUGUUACACUCUGAAUAAGGGCGCCAUCUCCUGGGAAUACUGUGACGUGCUUUCCUGCAAGAUGCCUUUCUCCUCUUCUCGUCGGAUGAACACGCUCCCAGGACUCGGCAAUGCUAAGCCAUCCAAGCCAGCUUCAAGGAAGGCCGUGUGCGGUACAAAGCACAAGAAGAGAGUGUCGGUUGCCAGGGGAAGGAUCAUGGGAGGAAACGCUGCACUUCCUGGUACUCAUCCCUGGAUGGCUGCCAUUUAUUACGGAGAGUCUGAAUUCUGCGCCGGAACCUUAAUCGCCUCCUGCUGGGUUGUCUCUGCAGCACACUGUUUAUUUCGGAAUCCCCUAACGUCUCAGCUUCGAGUGGUCCUCGGCCAGCACCACUUCAACGUGAGCGGCAGGGACACAAGAACGUUUGGAGUGGACAAGUACAUCUUUCCCAAACAGUUCUCCGUGUUUAACCCCACGCUACAUGACAUCGUCUUGAUCAAACUGAAGAAACAAGACGGCCGAUGCGUCAAGAGGACACAGUUCAUCAGACCCAUUUGUCUCCCAGAUGGAAAUGUCUCCUUCCCUGAUGGCUACUGCUGCACCAUCAGCGGAUGGGGUCGCUUGCAUGAGAAAGCAGAUGGCUACUCCAAUCUGCAAGAGGCGGGAGUGAGGCUAAUCCGCCACGACGUGUGUCGGAAACCAGAGGUGUUUGGCAACCAUGUCACUACCAACAUGAUUUGCGCGGGGCUCAACGGUUGUGUGGACGCUUGUCAGGGGGACUCUGGGGGCCCGCUAGCCUGUACGAGGAAUGACGUCAGUUUCCUGUAUGGGAUUAUCAGCUGGGGAGAGGGCUGCGGCAACUCAAAAAAACCAGGUGUUUACACGAAAGUGGCCAACUAUAUGGACUGGAUCAAUUCUGUCAUCAAACCAAAACCAAAGACGACUUGAAAGGACAUUUGUUUUCUUUAGCUUUAAUUAUAUUUCACUUUUAAUACAGUUUUAUGCUGUUUUUGUUUUUUGUGAAAGUCUAUCACCUUUUCCAAACUGUGAACAAAAAUGGAGACUGAAUAAACUUUUAGUAUUCCUGUUUUUUCCCCUAACACGUAAAUGUGUGUAUCCAUAUUAAAACCACUUCUGGUAAUAUCCUGACAAGGGAGGGCUUCCGAAUUUUGUGUUUUUAUAAGGACAGACUGAAGUCUGUUAUCGGUCAAAGUGUAAUCAACAGAGUCCAUUUUUGAUAACUUUGUCGCACGAGACGUUACCUCCCGGGUGAAGAUUCGGUACCGGCUAAACGGGUGCAUUUAUAGCAAACUGCCUCUGGGUCAUUUUACAAUUUUUCAUGCCAGCAAAGCAAGAUGCCUGAUAAAAAGUUCUAAAAAAUUAAGACUCAACUUUUUAAGCUAGCUCAAUGCUAAUUUACACUAGAUAUGAAUGUUGUCAGUCUGUGUUGGCCCUGCGAUGAGCUGGCGAUUUGUCCACAGUGUAGCCCGCCUUCCGGGAAUGC